AUGGCUGGCUCGUCAGAUCUACCAAUAGAAGAUAUAUACCACCCUGAGGUAGAUGUUGAAUAUCUCGAAGACUAUAUGCCCAGCGGAUACCACCCAACUCUUAUCGGAAAUACCUUUUCUAGUGGCCGCUACACUGUCGUUCACAAGCUUGGGUUCGGUGGAUAUUCAACAAUUUGGCUCGCCUGGGAUAAGCAACGCCGGCGCUAUGUAUCGCUGAAGAUAUUGACUGCGCGAGCCUCGCCAGAUAGCCACGAAGGGGAUGUCCUUCUUUACCUGAUGAAGAGCAACCUUACCCAUGUUGGAAAGCGAUUCAUUCCGCCGCUACUUGACCAAUUCUGGUUCCAUGGUCCAAACGGAUAUCAUCAGUGUUUAGUCGGAGAGCCUGCUGGCGGUAGUAUUGCUAGGUCUAAGGAGGACAGCACAAAUUUCAUGUUUCCACUGGACGCUGCUAGAUCUACUGCCGCCCAGCUCCUCUUAGGGUUGUCCUAUUUGCAUGCAAACGGCAUCUGCCACGGAGAUCUACAUUUGCGCAACUUUCUCUUACGCAUACCAGAAUUGGACGGCCUAAGCAUACCUGAGCUAUACCAGCGCUUCGGUAAACCCUACGAGGUUCCCAUUCGACGAGUGGAUGGAAAGUCCGGUGAACCACACGCACCGCCGCAUGCUAUCUAUCCUAUGAGUUUGAGUAUACCUGCCAACGAAAUGGAUCACCCAGAAAUCAUCAUUUCGGACUACGGGACGUCCUUUAUUGUGUCACAGACGCCCUCACCAACUCUCUACGCCCCAGCUCUCUACUCUCCAUCAGAAGACCUUUUCAAUGAACCCAUCACUCAACCCACCGCAGCUGAUAUAUGGACCUUAGGUGUCAACUUGUACGAGGUCUUGGGCGAGCGUCCACUUUUCGAAACAUUUGCCUGGGAUCGAGAUGAUAUUGUCGCCGAGAUAAUCAAUACGCUAGGCAAGCCGCCCGUGAGAUGGUGGAACUCUUGGGUUAAACGCUCCGAAUUCUUCGACGAGGAUGGGUCAUGGGUUGCUGACUUCCGCCGUAUCAGUACUCCCGUCUUCCGGCACCUGCGUCAGCGUCUCUGGGAUAUGGGCCGUGGCGAGACGGAACAGAUGUGCGAAUGGGACGUUGCAGGUGGUGAACUACGUGCGUUGGAGGAUAUGCUUAGAGCUAUGAUGGCGUUUGAACCUGCGGAACGACCCACAGCAGACCAAGUCCUGAGAUCAGAGUACAUGUUGAAGUGGGCUUUACCCGCGUGGAAGAGGCAGAGAAGGCAGAAAAAUGCAGACCCCGUAUGCGACGCUUGA